GGCAUGGAUGAGCCUGAGCGCACUCUCUCGCCCGAGCGCCCUGCCUCUGGCCGGACGUCCACUGCCUGCCGGCACUGGGCAUCGGGGCGCCGAGCGGAGACUGCUGCAAACAUUGGCGCACACCCUCCUCCUUCCCCAGUGUGUUCUGUGCCGCUCGAGGGUUAAUUUGGCGUGGAGGUUGCGUCGCCUGCGCGGUCGUGGAGUAGAACUGGAGCCCACGUGGCCCUGACCCGCGCUCUCUGGCCGGGCCUCUGCUGGAGAGUUGGGGGGCUCGGCCCUGAGGGGCGGAGCCGCGCGACCCUGCGGCAUUCGCGCCCCCUCUCCCGGGCCACCUUCUAAGGUCAGCCCCCUCAGGACGGGGCGACCCCGCCGACCAGACUACUCACUCGACUCCCAUCCCUGCAUAGAUGCUGGCCUGGGUGAGAUGGCAGAGGACGAAGGCUCCCAGGACACCUUGCGGCUACAGUUCAAGGCCAUGCAGGAGAUGCAGCACCAACGGCUACAGAAGCAGAUGGAGAAAAGGAAGGAAAAGGAACUGAGCUGCCAAAGCAGAGCUGAUGAGCAAAAAGAGCCCUUGGAGAUCUCCGAAGGCCUCGGUCUCCUCCACGCAGGAGAACAGAACUCAAAAAUUAGCUUUGAGCAAGGGGUGCUUGAAGAUGAGAUUAACCAGCUUCGAGAUGAGCUCAGGGAAACCGUCGAUGAGAACGGGCGACUGUAUAAGCUGCUGAAAGAAAGGGACUUUGAAAUCAAACACCUGAAAAAGAAAAUAGAAGAGGACAGAUUUGCCUUCACAGGGACAGCUGGCAUGGCUGGAGAUGUAAUUGCCACCAAAAUUGUCGAGCUGUCCAAAAAGAACCGGCUGCUGAUGGCAGAGUCGGAGGGUGCGAAGACCAGGGUGAAGCAGCUGACCAGUCGCAUCCAGGAGCUGGAGCGGGAACUGCAGAUGGCACUGGCCAGGCUGCCCACCAAGGGGGCCACCGACACAGGAGCCAAGGCACCGAGGGCCCAGAUGGGAGACAAAGCCUUGCUGGAGACCCCAGAGGUGAGAGCCCUGCAGGACAGGCUGACGGCCACGAACCUGAAGAUGAGCGACCUGCGCAACCAGAUCCAGGCCGCGAAGCAGGAGCUCCGGAUAGCCCAGAAGGUCUUGGCCAGCGAGGUUGGGGAAGACGUGAAUGUACAGCAGCUCCUGUCCUCGCCAGGCACCUGGAGGGGUCGGGCUCAGCAGAUUCUCGUGUUGCAGAGCAAGGUUCGAGAGCUGGAGAAGCAGCUGGGCCAGACGCGGAGCCGGUCGGCGGGGACCACCAGUGAUGAGCUGUCUGCCUGCUCUGACCCAAGGAAGCUGUCGGCACAGGAGAAAAACCUGCUGAGGAUCCGCAACCUGGAAAGGGACAAACAGGAGAGCUGGGAGAAACUUGCUAAUGAACGGAACACGCUGCAGAGAGACGUGGAAGAGCUGAGAAAGAAGUUCGAGGGCGUGAGUUCUCGGAACAAGGUGCUGUCGAACGAGGUGAAGACCCUGCGCGGCCAGCUGGGGACGCUGGCAGAGAAGGGCAGGCACGACGACGAGCUCAUCGACGCCCUGUUGAACCAGCUCAAGCAGCUGCAGGAGAUUCUGGGCAGCCUGAGUCUGCAGGAGGAAAAGACACGAGCGUCACAGCACAACCGGGACCAGAAGCUCAAUAGCGAGGCGCAGCGGAGCAGCAGCCUCGUGGCCCAGCUGCGGGCUGUGGUGGCUGAGCGGGAGGCCAAGGUGCGCCAGCUGGAGCUGGAGAUCGGGCAACUCAGCGUGCAGUAUCUUCGGAGUAAAGAAGUGGGCAAGGAGUCCCACGGGCCGGAGGUCAGCGCCGCCAAUCCCAGGCUCCUGGAGGACCCAGGCCUGACCAAGUCCCCGGCCUCCGCAGGUGAUCACGUCGGCCGGCUUGGAUCUUCUCGCUCUGUGACCAGCCUAGGCCACACGCUGGUGGAAUCUUCUCUCACAAGGCCAUCCCUGCCCAGUCCCCAUGGGCCUUCAUCCAGGUUCUCGGACUCUCCAGAGCAAAAAGGCUGGCAGGCACAAGUGACAGAGAUCAAGGCCCUGUGGCAGGCUGCAGAGGUGGAGCGUGACCGGCUCACCGAGUUUGUCAACGUCCUGCAGAAACGGGUGGAAGAGAGCAACAGCAAGCUCCUGGAGUCUGAGAGGAAGCUGCAGGGGGAGCGGCUGCGCACCGUGCUGCUGGAGCAACACCUGGAGAAGCUGCGCCUGGAGCCAGGGCGGGCGGCCCCCAAGGGCAGGACAGGUCGGCCAACCUCCAGCACCAGGCAAAACUGGACAGGAAGCGAGAAGGACCCACCCUUGGCCCAGCUCUCCCAGGCUGGCCAUCCAGGAGGAAGAGAACAAAAUGCUGAAGGCUGCCCUGGGCAGUGCCCUGCGGGGAAAGGAGGAGGACUUCCGCAUGUACCACGAGACCCUGGGCCAGGUGAAAGGGGUCUUCUUGCAGGCCCUGCGGCAGCAGAAGGUGGACAAGCACUAGGCUGGCGGCCCAGCGUCAGCCCAGCCGAGCAAGACAGGGCUCAGUGUCCCUGCCAGGACGCCAACUCCAGGCGCCCAGCUUAGCCACUUCUCCCAGAAGGUGGACGAGCACUAGGCUGGCGGCCCAGCAUCAGCCCAGCUGACCAGGACGGGGCUCAGUGUGAGGGCUCCGUCCGUGCCAGGACGCCAGCCCCAGGCACCCGGCUCAGCCACUUCUCCCAGAAGGUGGACAUGCACUAGGCUGGUGGCCCAGCAUCGGCCCAGCUGACCAGGACGGGGCUCAGUGUAAGGGCUCCAUCCACACCAGGAAGCCAGCCCUGGAAUCCAGCUCAGCCACUUCUCCCAGAAGGGUCCUGGGUCCUGGGUCCCCCUAGGCCCACAUGACUCCACCCAUGCAGGAGAGCCUUCAUUGCGCCAGGCUGGGUGCAGGCCCCAGGCCACCCAGCCCAACUGUCCCCCUCGCCAGUGCAUCCUCCAUACCUGCCCCAGCUAAACCCGUGGCCAUCCCCAGCCGCACAGACUCAGUGUCACGCUCUCCACCACCUGGCCGGCCUGCUCCUUGGGUGCAGACCUUGGACUUGUAAUAAUUCCCGUUUCCGCCCUCAGUGCAGCUCCCGGUGAGUAAGCGUCUGCUGUGGAAACCUGGCCGUGUCUAGUGCGCUCCUAACCCAGGGGGCUGCCACCCUGCUCUGGGAGCAGUGGAGCACAUCACUCGGGACAGCUGUGCCGGCCCCACUGCCUAUUCCCGAGGGGCCGUGGCUGGUGGGUGCUGGCGGCAGAGGGCAGAGGUGGGCUGGGCUGAAGCUUUGGGCAGGGGUUCCAGGUGCUCCCUCGCAUGGUAUUGUCUCAGUGUUCCUCCCUCGCAUGGCAGGCUGGGAGGGCUGCUAUAAGGAGUCCUCUUGGUGACUGUUCAGUCUCCCCCCAACCCUGUGGCUGCAGUGCCGGUCAGGGGUACCCCCAAGGAAGAUCACCCAUAGCCAUACACCCUGGCCCCACCAGGUGCACACACAGGCCCCCAGGGAGAUGCAGCCACACACAAGCACCUCGGUUCAGGAGUGAGCAGCUGUGCCUGUGCGACCACAUCACCUCCACACAGCCCACACAGCCCACACAGCAGACACGGGUACGCUCAGUUAUGGGUGUGGGCACACACUGCCACACAUGAGGACACACACAUGCAGGUGCACAUACUGUGACAGCCUCCUGGGAUGCUGUCUGCUCAGGCCUUUCUCCAGUGCAGGGGCUGUGGGGGACAACAGUGGUGCUGACCCCACUCCCCCCAGCACACACACAGGAGCCUUGACCCUGCCUGGUGAUGCGAUCUGGAGGCCCCGCAGCAGAGGGGGCCAUUCUGAUGGGUUCUCAGGGCUCCAGGAAGGGAGGGUUUAAUCUUCAGUUCCUGGUGAGGGGAACAGGCCAAGCAGGGAGCCAGAGAGGAGUGAGGCGGCCUAUGCUUGGGGGUGGGGUGGGGUGUGACAGUCCAUCAGGCAGAGUGAUUCAGCACUUUCUACAGGAGCUGAGGAGCCCCAGAGGCUGACUUGAGUGUGGGCCGCAGGUUCUGAUCCCCAGUGGAUUCCCUGGGAGUGAGAAGCAGGCAUUGUCCAGAGGGUCACCUCAGAAAUGCAGACCCACACCCUGACCACUCCGGACUAGUUCUGUCGCCCUCCCCGGCUCAGGGCCAGGGCGGUGUGCAGAGGGAGCAUCCGGUUGUAGAGUCUGUGCAGGUGCCUCAAACAGAUCGCCUUCCCCACUCACCAGCACGUGGCCUUGGGCAACUACGGAGCCGCCACAUGCUCAGUCCACACGCUGGGGGCAGUAAGAGACCUCCCUCAGAGGGCUGUCCACGGUGUCCAAGAAGAACCCGAAGGCGUUCAGCUAACUGUUCGCUUGCUGUUCACUUCUGUGCAAGGAACGUGUGUCCCUGGACUGACUGCAUCCCACACCAAGGAAGCAGGAUCGGCGUAAGCAGGGGUGGGGGAUUGGGUGUGGAUGUGGGCACUGUAACCCUAGUCCAAGCAUCUUACACAAAGCAGUCUGGGCGCUCAGCCCUUGCUUAGGCCAGCCACGGGCACAGGGACGAGUGUUUCAGUUUACAGAAUCUGCAGGCAACCUUGAGGGCUGUUUUGUGGAGCUGUGCCUGUGGGCCCGGUUGCAUAUGUGAGCACCUGCCCCCAGCACUCAGGCUUGGUUAGACCCAGUCGGCUGCAUUCCCUUAUUAGAACCUUCUUCAGGUUUCAUUGAGUUCAGGAGUGCCAAGUGCUUGGAGCAGUUGCUGGCACACAGCAAGCACUCAAUAAAUGUUCGCACUCCGUAUCCCCUCUAUUGGUUCCACAAAUACUUCUUUGAGCAGCUCCUCUGCCACAGCUACGGUGGUGCCAAAGAGGCAGCUAUGGCCUCUAAUCUCUAGGAACUCCCAGCCUGGCCAGGGAGACAGAGCUGGGGGCAAAUCUGACUCUCUCCCUCUUUUCAGGGAGCUCCCAGCCUGGUCAGACAGAUCUGGGGAACAGGGGGCCAUGGUGGGGCCGAGGGCUGGAGGAAGGAGACAAGGACAGGCUGCCGCACCACAGAGCCACCUCCAGGGCCCCAGAUCUGGGUGGGGAGGAGGCUGUUAGGGACCCAUGUGUCCACGUCUCCACGAGGUCCAGGAGAACCCAGGAGAAGGAGGGGUUGACAGAGGGAGGACUGGAAGCCUGAGGGAUCUACCCCAAGCAGGCCAGGCAGAGUGUAGAGCAGCCUGGUCCGUGCAGGCUGUGCCCAUGGUCUCCCCUACCCAGCCCCCCCUGUUCCCAGGACUCGGAGGAUGCCCUCCCACUCCUGCAGGCAGGGGGGCUGGAUAAGAAGACCAAGGGCCUGUCCAGAGCCACAGCGCAGUGGGGGAGGAGGGGAGGUGUAGGACCUGUGGAAGGUCAAGGGGCGGGGACAAGUAAAGAGGCAGGUGGUGGAGUGGCCUCUCCCUGGUCACACCCCGGGCAGGUGCUGCAGGUCUGGGUGCUCAGGUUGCAGCACUGACAGUGAGACCUGGUUGAGCUGUGAGUGUGGUCUGGCCACUGUCCCCAAGGGCUCAGGUCGACUCCAACACAUUCCAUUACCACAAGGCCCCGCCCAACUCCUCUGGGCCUCCCACAUCCACCAGUGAGCUCACAGUAAGUCCCCAGCACAAAGAAGUCUCCGCCCACCUUUCUCUGCAGGUGUGUUCCACACAUGACCUCUAGCCCAGUCCUUGAGGCCUGCAUGGACACCAAGCACCCUGUACACAGAGCCUGAUAGCACACACACACACACACAAAAAAAACACAUGUCGCAACCAUACAUACAUGCAGACCCUUGUACAAUCACAGCUACACAACAGUACACACCAACCAGUACAACACACAAUUGCACACACACACACAGGAUACUUUUCCAGAUUUACUUUGAGGUACAAACAAUUAAAAAUUAAAAUAUGAGGAAGGACCUGAGGUUUAAGAGAAUGGGCACCUCUCCAUUCCACGCCCUUACCUAGCUUUCCCCGGUGGGUUUUGUGGCAUUUGGGAAGUUCACCCCAACCUUGGGCUUAUCUGAGCCCGGCCAGCUUCUUGCUGUGUGGGCUGGCUGUGCCAGAUGCCUUCCCCUCUGACACCCCUUCCACGGGGUGCUGUGGCCUUGGGCUGGGACCCCCCAAGCCCUAUUGCCCUCGGCAGAUGUUGGAACCCCUGUAGGCCCCACUGUGCAGGGCCCACGUGGGGAACAUCCCUGCAGUGUGUCCUGCCUCCGGACCGCUGGAGUCAGGGUCAGGGUCAGCCUCGCUGCACAAUUCCGUGAAUCAGGCCCUUGUCCUGGAGUGAGUCACUAGGUCCCUCCAGGAACUCAGUGAGGCCGGGGCCGGCAGUACGUCCAUUUUACAGAUGAGGAUCUGGGACUGCAAGAAGUGGAUCACACCAGCCAGGCGGAGCUCUGGCUCAGGUCAGUUGGCCGAACCUGUGCCCUUAACCUAGGCUAAAGCACACUGCCUGCUGCCCUGAGCCCUUGUCCUGAGCCUCAUGACAGCCAGCACGGGCUGGUCUCAGCCUGUACCUGGUGUGGGUGAGCUGGGUUCUCGCCCACCUGAGCUGCUGCGGCUGACCCAGCUACUUCACCUCUUGUGCCUCAGUUGCCUCUUCUGCCAAGUGAGGAGGAUGGGAACACUCACUGUGCAUUGUGGUAACAUUAAAGAGUUAACCCAUGUA